GAGGUGCAAUCUUCCAUGGAUGGAGUCAGUUUGCAUCGAAGAGUGUGAAGUUAAAAGAAGGGCGAAAAGUGGAUGUGUUUUGAUGUGUUUUAAGUUGUGUUCAAGUCAGAAAUGUGUCACGUUUAACACCGGAACAGCGUUACUGCGAAGGGAUAAAACUAAUUAAUGUGGGGAAAAAAAUCAGAACAUGGAGUGUGUGUCUGCGUAGUUAAUCCUCUGCAUGCUGCUGUUUGAAGAGGUUGUGCAGAAGAGCAGAGAGCAUGGACAUGGAAGACUUCCCUCCCCCGCCUCCUGAAAGUAAAGUCAACAAAACUUUGUCUUUUGCACAUGAUAAGCACAUUUCUUUUUUCUUACGCACGACAAACAUGGUUGAAGGUGGGUGUUUAUAUGGCCGGUUAGCUCAGUUGGUUAGAGCGUGGUGCUAAUAACGCCAAGGUCGCGGGUUCGAUCCCCGUACGGGCCACAGUUUUUGAAUUUCAGUGUGACAAAUUACAAAAGUUAAAGGUGAUUCUUUUUUAUCAACCUCUUUUUUUCCAUGUCCUAGCACUUGUAAUUGUUAAUUAAAAUCAUCAAAAUGUGCAUAAGGGAACGAGAACAAACAAAUAUUUUUUUGUUAAAAAUUGUUUUUUUUUUAGGCAUUCUGUAAUUUCCACCUCUAAAUUAUGAGGUUUUCUAACUUCCUUCAUCGGAUCAAACAAAACAAGCAUUGGCUCAAGCCCUGUGCUGUAACUGUUUACAGUCCAUUGCCGAUUUGUAAAGCACCAACAAACUGCUGACAGGGAAAUUAGAGACCUAAUUGAGCACCUAAACAAAAGAAGAAGAAAUAUCUUUAACUGCAAACAGUUUUGUGUUACUGUUAUCUCAUAGUUGUUUGGUUUGCUGCGAUUACAACGUCAGGCCGAUAGAACCACCUGCUAGCUCCUGUAGGUCAUCUCUUGGUCGGAUCACUUCCCAGAGGGCUGCUGAAACUGGACAGCGUGAGUAAACAACACAGAUUCCUCUCCUCCACCGCUGUGGAGUGUGUGGGCAGAGGAACGAGUGAGGAGGGUAAAAUGUGCUGUGCGACUGUGAAUGCCAAACAAUGUGCCUCAGUGUUGGGUUGAAUACUGCCUCAGCAGCACACACACACACACACACACACACAUACACACACACACACGCGCGCACACACACCCUCCGGGGAUAGACACAGACCAGAGAAAUGCUUGGUGUCUUGCUGGCCAGUCGCUUGCUUUAUUCCCAGGGCAAUGCAGGAGCAGAUCGUAAGCCAGUGACUCAUCUGAGGAGACCAUUAUGUAGCAGAGUGGAGAUAGGCCCUCAGAACAGAAUCCAUAUUGUCAUUAUGAAUUGACAAUGGGUACUUCAUCAAGUCUGUGUGCCACAUUAGCAUGUAUAUUUCUCCAUGAUCUCGGCCUCUGGAUUCUGACAAGGCUACAGGGCGGAGAGAAUUCCUCCAACAUGAACAUAUUUUUUUUAUUGCCAGUUCAGUGUUGGGACACAAGAAACUGUAGGAUUCUCAUGAGUGACUGUGUGUUUUGGUUGUUACAUUUGUCAGAGGUCACCGUCCAGCGCAGUCUGUAAUUAAGCUGCAGGCAUGCGUACCCAUACAGCUAACUAUCAAUGAUCUUCUCUACCCAUAGUUUCAGAUGUCCUUUUGAAUGGCCAGUAUGACUCAUGGUGUGGCAAAAUCCAAUCAAAUCAAGCCCACUCUGGUGUAGUUAAGUGUUUCAUAUUGACGCCACAGUGAGGUUAGUGAAUGCAUUAUAUAGCAAUGUUUAUAAUACGAGUAUGCAUCGUACUUUUUAGGACUUGCAUAAACUAUUAGCGAGCUAUCCGUGCCUUAUCACUGUCUCAAACCAUUCAUUACUGCACAGGUGGAAAAAGAAAGAUAGCAUCUCUGUUUCUUUGCACUUCUCUCUUCCCCAUGCACACAGGGUCACAGUGCUGACCUGGGACAUUAGUCACGGACCAUUCUCUCACACUGACGAGGUGAAACGCCUACCUGUCAAAGCCUGAGGGAAUCGUACUGGUGAUUUAGAUGUUGGCAGAUUGCGUCCCUUUUGCAGAUGAAGAUGAGGGGGAAGCCUUCGACUUCGAUGACAGCGGGGAUGACAUCCCUGCAGCUGAUUGCCCACCUCCUGCACCUCCAGCUCCUCUAGCUCCCAUCAGCAAGGAUCAGAGCCAGAACAACAAUGCGGCCAGUCACCCUGACGCCCUUCUCCCCGUCCCGACCCCCCCAGCACCUUCCUCCGCAUCCAACACCACUCUAUCAUCAGCCGACACAACGGUUGCCACGAGAGGAUCCUCCACAGCAGGUGGAGAAACAGCAGAAGCCAAGGGGACAUCUGCUGCUGAGGGGGCUGAUGACAGGGAGAAAGAUUUACCGCUUCCACCCCCUCCUCUAGAUGAUGACACAGAAACUGAUCCUCGAACAACAGGCAUUGAAGGCCAGAAUGCAUCCAUCAGUGACCUGCACCCUCCACAGGCUGUCCCUCAGACCUCAUCGCAGGGCAAAGUCAACCCCUACUCUGUGAUCGACAUCACUCCUCUCCAACUGGAGGAGCUGGAGCAGAAACAUGGGCCCUCCUCUUCCACUUCCUCACCAGUGGAGCCCAAAGACCGAGAGGCAGAAGGCCAUGAUAACCACCCCAGCCCUCUUGGCAUCACUUCAGGAUACUCAGUGCCAGUACCUUGUGGCUAUGCGACCCCCUCGGGUGUACCACUCAUCACACCAACUUACACUACACCAGUCAUCAUUCGACAUCUCUCCACGGAGGAAGAUGUGACAGUGGUUGGGACUGGCAACACCUCUGUUGACAGUGUUUUCAGUGAAGAGUAUCCACCUAUUAGAGAAGAGGAUGCUUUGGCUAAAUGGGCAUCAGAUCCUGCCAAUACUGCAUGGAUGGAAAAUCCAGAUGAGGUGAUUUAUGAUGAUGUGCCCAGAGAGAACUCUGAUUCCAACACAGACCCAGAUGAGAUGAUCUAUGAUGAUGUGGAGCUUGGGGAGGAGGGUGGCUGUAACAGCUCCCUCGACAACGGCUGGAGCUCUAGUGAGUUUGAAAGCUAUGACGAGGCCAGCGAUGGGGAAGGCCGUCCUGAGAAUGGCCUGCCUCACGCCUUCAUGAGAGGAAAGCCACCCCAGAGAAAGACACAUCUCUCUCAAGAUCUGACACGCUUGAAAGAACACUAUGAGAAAAAGAUGAAAGAUCUAAUGGCAAAUACAGUGGGAACGGUAGAGCUACAGCAGCUAAAACAGAAACACGAGCAGAAGAUGCAAAAGCUGGUGAAGGCUGCUAAGGAAGGGACCAAAGACGGACUUGAGAAAACCAAAGCUGCUGUGAAGAAGGGACGCUCUUUCAUUAAAACCAAGUCAUUCUGUCACGAAAGGAAAUCGACCGCCUUCGAGGAUGAGGAGUCUGAACUCUUCAUCGAGGUGGACUGUUUCAAUGUGGAGCCAGUACUGUGUCCAGCACCAGAAGGUCUUUCACAGCAACAGCUUGUUAGAAGGUGUAUAUUGGGGUCUAUACUGGAAAGUGAGAAGAACUAUCUUGAUGCACUCAAAAGGAUAUUAGAGCAAUAUGAGAAGCCCCUGUCUCAGAUUGAGCCGAGACUGCUGAGCGACAGGAAGCUGAAGAUGACCUUCUAUCGUGUACGUGAGAUCCUGCAGUGCCACUUCCUCUUCCAGAUUGCCCUGGCGAGCCGUGUGGCUGAGUGGGACAGCCUGGAGAUGAUUGGGGAUGUCUUUGUGGCAUCGUUUUCAAAGUCCAUGGUGCUGGAUGCCUAUAGUGAAUAUGUGAACAACUUCAGCACUGCAAUGGCAGUAGUAAGGAAGACGUGUGCCUCCAAACCUGGCUUCCUGGAAUUUCUCAAGAAUCGUCAGGAGACCAGUUGUGACCGAAUGACUCUGUAUGGCCUGAUGAUGAAACCUAUCCAGAGAUUCCCACAGUUCAUUUUACUCCUUCAGGACAUGCUGAAGAACACACCAGUGGGUCAUGCAGACCGUCUGCCCCUUCAGAUGGCCCUGACCGAACUGGAGACCCUGGCUGAGAAGCUCAACGAAAAGAAGCGAGAAGCCGACCAGCGCUGCGAGAUCCGUCACAUUGCAAAGGCCAUGAACGAACGCUACCUCAACAAGCUUCUAAGUAACGGCAGCCGCUACCUGAUCCGCUCGGAUGACAUGGUGGAGACAGUCUACAAUGAGCGUGGUGAAAUAAUCAAAACCAAGGAGCGUCGCCUCUUCCUACUCAAUGAUGUGCUCAUGUGUGCCACACCCAAUAUCCGAUGUCAGGAUGGCAGUGGGAGUGGAAGUGGAAAUGCUCCACUUGACCAAAAGUUCCUUCUAAAGUGGAGCGUACCUUUGAGCUUUGUGGAGGUGCUGGAGUUCGGAUCCAGUGAGGACAUGGCCGACAGCAGUCGCUACCCUGCUCCUCAUUCAGGGGAGAAGGUGGUGAUCAACGCUAAGCCAAAUAAACUGUACAUGGGUCCAGGCCAGCUCUACCAAGACCUGCAGAACCUAAUCCACGAUCUCAACCUGGUCAACCAGAUUUCCAUCAUGAUCAGCAGCCUCAAAGGAAACUACCAGAAUGUUAAUCCCACAGUGGCUCAAGACUGGGUAUCAGGUCUCCAGAGACUGAUACUGAAGAAGGAGGAGGAGAUCAGGGCAGCUGACCGCUGUAGGAUCCAACUCCAGCUGCCGGGCAAACAAGACAAGGCGGGUAAACCCACUUACUUCAGUGCAGUGUUCAAUACUCUCAGCCCAGCCAUCAAACAGUCAUGGAUCAGUAACUUGCAGAUGGCUAAGCUGGCUCUAGAGGAGGACAACCUGCAGGGCUGGUUCUUCGCGGAGGAUGAUGGAAACCAAAUCAAAAAGCAGAAACACCCUCUCUUGCUUCGACAGAUGCCUGUGGUCAUGUCAAAACUACAGGAGUUCAAGGUGGAGUGCGCCGUACACAAUCCAGAGCCCCACAUCAACACAGAGAGCACCGCAGACACUCCUGUCGUGGGCCACGGAUGUGUCUGGGUUGCAAGUUGCACCAACCAGAUGGGCCAGAUUGCCAUAGUGGCCAUGCAGAACUCCAGCCCGAAGGUGACUGAGUGUUUCAAUGUAGAGUCCCGAAUCCUCUGCAUGGCUUUCGUCCCAACUGAGCACCUCCAGGAGAACGGGGAAAAGCUCCCUGAGAGCAAUCACUCUCCUCUAGUGAAGGCCGCUGAAACCCCCAGUGUCUGUCUGGGCAUGGAGGAGGGCAGCAUUAUUGUGUAUAAGAGCAGCCAGCGGUCCAAGAAAGUGCGUCUGCAGCAUUUUUUCACCCCAGACAAGUCCACUGUCACCAGCCUGGUCUAUAAGAAGCACUGUCUGUACGCCGGCCUGGUCAGCGGCUCCGUGGCCAUCUACUCCAGAUCACAAGAUGGUUUGUGGAACUCUGAGAAGCCCAAGUUAGUGAAGCUUGGAGUCCUCCCUGUCAAGGCUAUGCUGGCUGUGGAGGAGCACCUCUGGGCUUCAUCAGGCGGACAAGUCUUCAUCAUCAGCACCCACACACACCGCGUAGAGAGACAGCUGGAUGCCCACCAGGAGGAGGGCAUGGUGGUGUCCCACAUGGUCGUGGCCGGUGUUGGCAUCUGGAUCGCCUUCAGCUCUGGUUCCACGCUGCGCCUCUUCCACACUGAGACCUUAGAACACCUGCAGGACAUAAAUAUUGCCACACCUGUCCAUAAUAUACUGCCUGGGAACCAGCGAGUGUCAGUGAGCAGUCUGCUGGUUUGCCAUGGCCUGCUACUGGUAGGGACCAACUUGGGUGUAACUGUGGCUCUCUCUGUCCCCAGACUGCAGGGCAUCCCUAAAGUAACAGGUCGGGGUAUGGUGUCAUUACAUGCUCACAACGGGCCAGUCAGGUUCCUCACUGUGGCUGCUGCAGUGUGUAAUCGGCCGUCUGGCCUGCCAUCCUCCGCCCCUCCUUCCUCGCUGCAGCCAGCAGAGUCUCAUGAUGUGGAGAACACCCAGCCUCCCUCAGAUUCAGCUCUGACUUCCCCUCAGGGGCGAGGCGUGUGGUUGGGAGAGGCAGGCUGCACCACCAUGGCUCUCCAGGACUCCAUGUCCUCCUCGUCCUGCGGCUCCCUAGCUCCAUCCCAGGGUUCCCUGGAGCACGGGCCUGAGGACGGCGCCCUGUACGACAUGCUUCAUGACCCAGCCCAUCACCAGAAGGGCCGCCGCUCCAGCAAGGUGGAUGUCAGCUCUCUGCUGGUGGUGUCCGGAGGUUUGGGCCACCGCAGGGUGAACAAAAAGACCAAACAGUCUCGCCAUGAGGACAACACCUCCACCAUCAUGAUCUGGCAGAUCCCGUUACUGAACAUGUGACAGCAGCACCACAUUGGUUACACCAGAAGUGCUGCAUAGGACCCUCACAAGAAGAUCUGUUUUGAACACUUGACCAGACAUUUGGGAUCAAUCAAAGCUAUUAAAUGUCUUAUUUAAACAAGAACUGCAUCAAGCACUCCACAGUAUUCCCAGGAUGCCCCACCAUAAAGAACAAAGGAUCAAUAAAACCACUCUAUCAUGACGGGUGACGGUGUGAACAACACACCAGUCAGUGGACAUGCUGUACACAUUGAGGAUGUUUGCAAACACUGAAAGGUUUCUAAUUUCUGUUGCAUGUUGUCCUGUAAUUUGUCUAAUACAUUUCAUUACUGUCCAAUGUUUGUGCUACACACAUUGACUGUAUAGGACUGCAGUAUUUAAAUCAGUGUUCAAAGGAAGUUAGGAAAUGAAAGACAUCUAAGGUAUUGACAGAGUUAUUGAACUGUUGUAAGAUUAGGGACAGCUUUUUGACAGAUUCUUGAUCACCUAUCAAGGCCAGAGUUGUUAAUGUAAAGUCUGACAACUCUGAAUUACGUGUGCAUUAUUUUUAGAGUCAUACAGAGGUUAUGUGUUUAUAUGGAAUUGAACCAGCUUCUCCAGUGCUCCAACUGUUCUACUAAAAAAAGGGAUUUUAAAAAAGGUGAAGUACUGGUGACUGAAUUAGUUUGAGAAGGUUUGAUGAGAGUUCCUGGCUGGCCAGGCUUAUGUUCAUUAACGGAGGAAAGACUUGUCAAGAGCCAGAGAUUUUUUGUUUGCCCAAAUGCAUCUUUGUUUCUCACAUAAGGGUAUUUUUUAAAAAAGAUAAAAAGAUUUCUGCGUUUGUCACACUUUUUAUGUACUUAUGUAUAUUAACAAAUCCAUAAAACAAUGUUUUAUUGAGCAA